GUUCAAACAUUUAUAGAUCCAAUUUUAAGAAACGCUUUAAAAGCUUUUCAAUUAGACUUUCUAAACGUCUAUGGUGCGAAGUAAGAGUCUUAAACCCUACACCAAAUGGUCAAAGAUAGUUCAAACGCGAGACAAGUAUUUCAAAUGUAUUUGUGAUAUUGCGAAUAAGAGAGUGCUUGAUACAUAGUUCGUGACUGAAUUUAAGUAUCCGGAGUGGCAAAAGGAUUCUGAUUAAGAUCAGAUAUUUUCACAGUUAUACAUGAUCGGAUCCUAGGGUCAAUAUACGUUUACGUUAAUGAUAUUCGAAUUUCGAAACACCAGGUAAUUCUUUGGGAUAAUCGAGCGUAUCAUCAGACCUCGCUGUAUUCACAUUUUUCGGUUUAAUACCACGGCAUACAUACGCGCAUUGUUUACAAAGGAAUGACAAACAAGAUAGCAAAAAUCUGUGAAAUACCGAAAUAUGAUAUGUUAAACAAAAUACAGUGAAAUAUUAGAAAAACUUACAACAGCGAUAUUUUGACUGUCGCGAAGAAACGAGAUUGGAUAUUAUUGAAUUUUAUUAAAACAUCAAGGAAGUUUUCGUUCAUUCUUAAAUGUGAGUUACGAAUCGCGUAAUUACAUGUAAAACAUUUAAUUGCUUCCUUUUAAGAUUUACAGCAGGAAUAAUUUAAGUCGCUUCUGCGUUUUAAAGGAAGGAAAGACUUAUUAAUUUAAAGUGGUCAUUAAAUGCAGUUAUUUUAUAGGCAACAUACAUGGCUAUGCACAUGUAUUGACGAGUAUUUUAACAUGGGAAAGCUGUGCAUGUGAGCGGAGUAUCUUAAGUGAGGUAUUUAAUAUUCCACGACAAAUAUAUACGCUCGUAUGUGAAAGAGAUUCAUUGAGAUAUUUCAAUAUUUGUGCGGAGUAUUACACGCUACAAGAUCGGACUAAGGAAGCUAUAGAAUCAAGUCUGGACUACGAAUUAAUAUAAACAUUGUGGAAAUGGGAGGUCUGGCAUCGAAACUAAGUAAAGUGUUCUCUCCAUUCAAGAACUGUCCUGCUCGGAUCGCCAUGAUCGGCCUCGAUGGUGCAGGCAAGACGACAAUUCUGUACCGCUUCAAAUUGAACGAGACAAUCAGCACCAUCCCGACCAUAGGAUUUAACGUUGAGACUCUGACCCCCACGAAGGGCCUCGAGCUAACAGUGUGGGACAUGGGCGGCCAGGAACGUAUGAGGCCCCUUUGGAGGAUGUAUUUACGUGGAACAGAUGGCGUCAUGUUUGUUGUGGACAGUGGGGAUCGGGAGCGGAUACCGGAAGCCAAAGAAGAGCUGCUGCGACUCCUCGACACGCAGGAAAUGAAGAACGUGCCCCUCGUCGUCAUAGCAAACAAACAGGACCUACCAGGUGCUGUUGAUGCCAAAGAUAUGACAAAACGCCUGCAGCUGCCCCAGAUGUCUGCAAGACCCUGGGUGAUACACAGCGCCUGCGCAACGACUGGAGAGGGAAUAUGCGAAUCUAUGGAAUCACUGGCCAAAAUGGUCAAGGAAUACAAAGCGAAAGGAAAAUGAAUCGAAGUGAACGCCUUUUUCAUUAGUUGAAAGAAGAUUUGCAUUACGCAUGCCCAUGAGCAUGCGCGGGGUACGAGCAUGCGCGGUAACUAUCGCUCACAGCUCACCCAGAAUGACUUCACACUCCAAACACUUUUACUUACUUAAAACAAGUUGUUUGACAAUAGUAUUAAUAGUCAUUGCACCGAAGUUGGCAAGCGUGAUUUGAUUUUUGCAAUAUGAGUGGGAUGGCAGCUGGUGUUGUGACGUGUGAUGACGUCAUAAUACCAACGUCCUAUAUCUGAUACGAGCGUAACAUUCCAUCAAUAUCUAGUCUCUCCGUCCAUUUGUUGAUCAUUGAAAUCAUAUAUGAGUAUGUGUGCAUAUGAAUUAAAUAUUAAUUGCUAUGCAAUAAAGUUUUAUAAUUUA